GCUGGCGUUAACGGCCGUUGGGUGUGCUCCGAGGCGGUAACCUCCGGGCACACAAAGGCCCCCCCGGGGACCGAGCGCGGCGCCCCACCUCAGUACUGCGCCACACGCGCCGCGCAUGCGCGGAGCCGUUCUCCCGCCGCUGCUCGGCGAUGGCGCGCACCGAGCCCCGCCCCGGCUCCUAAGAUGGCGGCGCAAGGCCCCACCAUGGCCUUUAUCGGCUGCCUGGCCCCGCUGCGGCCUCCUGGCGACGGCGAUUACAGCCGUUUUCUCGGAACGUGCACCCGCAGCACGGUGCAGGCAAAUCAAACAUCCCCUCCCCUGCCCCGGGCGCCGUGCAGCUCCACACCAGAAACACCAUGGCCGCAUUACCUGCGGCCUCCUUCACAAACCUCACGACUGCCCGUCUAACACCAGUCUAACCUGCACCCCCAGUGAGCUUUUCCCAUCUUCUGCAGCUGCAGGGAAGUCAACGUUUGUCAAGCUACUAGAGAACCACAGUGAUGAGUGGGAGAUCAUCCCUGAACCCAUUGCCAAGUGGUGCAACAUCCAGACAGCUGAAGAGGAGCAUGAGGAACUUUCAACAUCUCAGAAGAGUGGAGGGAAUCUACUCCAAAUGCUCUACGACAAACCCACACGAUGGGCUUACACAUUCCAGACUUAUGCCUGCCUGAGCCGAGUGAGAGCACAGUUAAAACCUGUCUCAGCCAAACUUCAGGAAGCAGAACACCCAGUGCAGUUCUUUGAGAGAUCUGUGUACAGUGACAGAUACGUAUUUGCUUCUAACCUGUUUGAGUCUGGAAACAUUAAUGAAACAGAGUGGGCUAUUUAUCAGGACUGGCACUCAUGGCUUUUGAAUCAGUUUGAAUCAGAUAUAGAACUGGAUGGCAUGAUCUACCUAAGAACCACACCUGAGAAAUGCAUGGAAAGGCUACAAUUGAGAGGAAGAGAGGAGGAGCAAGGAAUUGAACUUGAGUAUUUGGAAAACCUCCACUAUAAACAUGAAACCUGGCUUCAUGAAAGGACUAUGAGAGUUGACUUUGAGAACCUUAAGGAGAUUCCCAUUCUAGUUUUGGAUGUUAAUGAAGAUUUUAAGAAUGACAAGAUUAAACAGGAGUACCUGAUCGAUAAGGUCAAGUCUUUCCUGACUUCUUAGGAUGAUGAAAAUUAAUUUGAAUGUCAAGUUCUUGAAGGUUAAGAGUUACACUUAUCAAUCAGCAUGUUGAUUUAAACUGAAUGCAUCACAUGUAUAGCUUAUUUUAAGGCAAGAUCGAAAUGCAAAGGAUGGUUUGGUUGGGAUUUUUGCUAGUCUUACCUGUGCAGGUUUUGACAUAAUUUUCUGUCUA